CUAGUUUCUAGAGAAGACUUUGAAUUGGUGAAAAAUGCAACGUCGAUUCCCGUGAAUUCCCACUCAUACAAUAUACUAUACAUCCUUUCAAGUGUCUUGUGAGUACCUCAAUUGUUUUAUGCAUGCAUUAAACUACAAAUUAAUUAUGUCCUGCAAAGAUCGUCAACUGUGUUUAAGGGGGCCAAACUGCGUAAUCCUCUAAAAGCAACAGUGUUCCGGCGGUUUUUUCCCUUAGCCUUUAUUCUAUCUACAUUUCUCUUGUUAUCCUCUCGAAUGCUACAAUGCAGCUAAGUGUUUAUUUUUAUUUUUUAUUGUUUCAACUGUUGUUUGAGCAAAAACACCAUUUUUAUCUUUCUAGAUUUUCUAGAAACGAAUUUAUGUUUUUGGGGGGAAAUUUGUAUACCCCUUAUUUAUCUUUGUAUUUAACUGUGAAAAUUUGUGACUGACUUUCCAAAUUUCUGCUUUUUUGCUCCACAACUUUUUAAAUGUAAAAGAUAAUGCUACCACAUUUUUAGGGAAAAUUCUCAAUGCCAUGUAUAACACAAUGAACAACAAAACUUUUACAUAACAUAAAGACUUUGUAUCUUGAAUUUUUUUAAAUUUGAGAAUUUUUUUUUUUUAAACGAAGGCAGAAAAAUAUAUUUUUAUAGAGGGAAAAAAAAACAUUAAAAUGCUAGUGUUAGUUGCAGAUUUUAAAGAUAAAUUGUUAGUUCUGCAUACAUUGUUAAUGAUUACAUCCAAGAGUGCUGCAUUUUGUCGAACUCUUGACUUGUUUUAUUCCAAUAUAAACUAUUCCACUGCCACCAAAUCACGUUAAAUGUCAGGCUGUCACGUUAAAUGUCAGGCUUUCACGUUAAAUGUCAGGCUUUCACUUAAAAUUAAAAAAACAAAAAACUUGUAUUUUUUAAAAAAAAAAAAAAAAAAAAAAAAGAUUCUUAUUUACUUCAAUGUACGGAUUGUACGCCUUUAAGCCAAUUUCAGUUAUAUUAUAAUUGCCAUUAACAAAACGUUUAGAUGCUAUGCUUUAAAUUGUUGCUUGUAACAAUAAAUGUGUUAUAAAUAAAUACAUUUUUUUAAAAAGUAGAUUAUAAUCUCUAUUUUAUUGUUUUGCCGUACUUGUCAGACUAAGGUAAAGUUCAACUUCCGCUUUGGUAGAAACGAGUCAUCGACUGCAAAAUAAGAUUUUCUACUUCCUGAUUAUUAACCGUACGAAGGAUUUAGUCUUCCUGACAAUUUAAAGUGAUAUGGCAAAUAGAUUGCCGCCCGUUGUCAUCGACAAUGGCACAGGGUAAGUAUUGAUAUUGUUAAUUUUAAUUAUUUCAAUUACAUAUUUAUAAUUUAUUUAUGUUUAGUCUUUGUAAACACUAAAUAAUCCUCAGACCGGCGACGGAGUCGGAGGGGCGUAACUACACCACUCUCUACCGUCACUGUGACAUACUCUAAAAUUAAUUUAAACAUUUACUAUAGUUAUUAAAUCAUUAAUUUAGCAGUAUUCUGUGUAUUCCUAAUUUUAGUCAUUUAGUAGACCAGUGUUUCCCAAACUUAGAAAUUUUAGUAGAGGUUAGCCGACUCUGUGACUGUGGUCACUGUCAAUUGUGAAUUGUGGAUAGUUUUUUUGCAGGCACAAGGAACCAGUGCCAUAUUUAUUAAUUGCAUCUUCUUUUUAUUUCACCACAAAUAUUCAUUCUCUGCGGAUCGGCAUCGUAAGGCUCGAAAACCGUUGCCGGUCGGCACACAACUGAUACUGAUUAAGGGUAGACUAAUUAAUAAUACAUCACUAGAUAUAGCCAUAUAGCCCACCAAAUAUUGGCAACAGCAAUGCAUGAACUUUCCAUCUACUAAAGUUACUUGACAAAACAUGAACUCAAGUAACGCACAUUUAAGAAUCCCAAUUUUUAUUAUACACUUUCCCUCCAUGACACGUCACUGCACACUGUUUUUUUCACGCCCAUGAACUCAUGAACUAUGUUAAAUAUUCUAUGUCCCAGCCACUUUUAAACCGCAUAUUUUUACACCAUACUUAAACUGAGACGAUAUAAUUUUCUGAAAAGAAAACAUUAACUACCAAGCGCAGUUGCGUUAUUAAAAAAAUGUGUAUCAUUUAGCGUAAUUAUCGGGAAUUAUAUUUUGCGCGCUAUGGAACUCAUCAUUGGACCAUACAUUCUUUCAAACAUAUAAAAUUAUUUGUAAUAUACUCUCAAUACCAAAUACGCUAAAUAGGAAGCAGCCAGAAAUGGAAGCAGUCCACGAGUCACACCAGAAGCCAUAUAUAUAUUAGAGAUUAUGCAUGAUCAAAUUAGGCCUGAGCCUAAUCAGACCUAAUAAUAAUAUUAAUAAUAAUUUAAUAAUAACUAACACUGAGUAACAACCUAACUCAGAGGUGGGGAAACCUGCUCUGUUAGUUAUACGCUAAAGUGUAACUUUGCAUUUUAAUGUCAUUUUGACAUAAAUUUGCAGGUCAGGGUCUUUUUGUCUGGAACUAGAUGGAAAUGAGAGAAUUAUUUACUUAUCAAAAUCUAGGAUUUAAUUUUUUAAACCUGGGGGCACAAACCACUGUUUUUUAUCCCUGAUUUAAAAGUAGUUUAUUACUCUUACAUCGGGGUUCAAAGGGAAGGGUAGGGUUAUGCACAAUAUCCUUUCUACGCUUCUACAAAUAAUAGCAAAUACAACAUAUUUUGAUUUAUGAAUUAGUAAAUCACAUCUUUCAGGCCAACAGUCCUAGAAGAGAACAUACAUUCUACAUUAGAUUAGUUUCUUGUGAACCAUAUUGAAUAAUUGAUAAUUCAACAUGUGAUAAUAGACCAGUGGUUCUCAACCUUCCAAAUGUUGCAACCCUUUAAUACAGUUCCUCAUGUUGUGGCAACCCCAAACACAAAAUUAUUUUCAUUUGCUCUUCAUAACUGUAGAGUAUAUGUGUUUUCCGAUGGUCUUAGGCAACUCCUGGGAAAGGGUCUUUCGACUCCCCCCAAAGUGGUCGCGACCCACAUUACUGCUGUAAUGGACUGAUGUCCAAAUUUCUACUAUAGCUUAGAAAUAAACUGUAAAAUAUGUCUAGGCUGUCUGCAUAGCUCUAAAUGAAAUUUCUCUUGAAAUUGAAAUUUCUCUUGAAAUUGAAAUUUCUCUUUUUGUAGCUUAGCCAGCAAUGGGGACCCUUUUACAAAACUAAAAAUAGCCAUAAACAAAAUGAAUUUGCUCUCUCCCAGAUUGAAAGUAACCAAAAAAAAAAAAAGACCUUCAUACAGAUAGCCGCAUUCCUUAUAUUUACUAUUUUAUUUUUAUUUUAUCUUAAAUUAAUUUGACAUGAAAAAUUUAAAUUUCUCUUUUUGUAGCUUAGCCAGCAAUGGGGACCCUUUUACAAAACUAAAAAUAGCCAAAAACAAAAUGAAUUUGCUCUCUCCCAGAUUGAAAGUAACCAAAAAAAAAAAGACCUUCAUACAGAUAGCCGCAUUCCUUAUAUUUACUAUGUUAUUUUUAUUUUAUCUUAAAUUAAUUUGACAUGAAAAAUUUCAUUCCAGCAUUUUCCCUUAUCAUUUCAAGUCUUCACCUAUGGUACAGUACCUUUGAAUUAUGAAAUUAAAUUAUUGAAAAUUAUCAAAUAUCAUUCAUCUUUAUUUGAUCCCUUCCAAAUUUAGAUACACAAAGAUGGGUUUUGCUGGUAACACAGAGCCACAGUUUAUCAUUCCAUCAGCAAUUGCUAUCAAAGAGUCGGCCAGUGUGGGAGAUCAGUCUCAGAAAAGGCUUGGAAAAGGAGUUGAAGAUCUAGACUUUUACAUUGGAGAUGAAGCCAUAAAUCAGCCUUCAUAUGCUACAAAGGUAGUUAGAAUAUUUUAUGUUUGGUUCAUGAUAGAAGUAUGCAGUUUCAGCAUAAAUGAUUGUUAUGGAUAUUUUCAGAACAAUAAUUCUAGGACUCCCUCGAGUGACUAUUAAUUUUUUUUUAAACCCAGCACAAACCUAUGUUUGCUUAAAGUGAGCUUAACUACCUAGUUAAAAGGACACAAUUCCGUUUCAAAUCUACAUCUUAAUUUAAAAAUAAAUAAAGGAAAUGUAAAAAAUGCAUUGCUACCUGUGUUUAAACCUUUCCAGACGAGUGUAUGGUAGUUUAGCUGCCAAGGGUUUUAAGAGGGCAUCAUGUAUUUCAAAUGACACGACAUACCACCACCUGUCAUAUUUAUGUGCAUAUGGUCAUUAAGGAGGGUGCGGUCAUUUGACUUAGUAUUCCGAAAAAAAACAACCCUUUUAUUCCUCAGUGGCCAAUUCGACAUGGCAUCAUUGAAGAUUGGGACUUGAUGGAGAGAUUUUACGAACAGGCAAUAUUCAAAUACCUCAGGGCAGAGCCAGAAGACCAUUACUUUUUGUUGGUAAAUAUGUUUCUAAUUAUACGUAAUACCAACUGAUUUGGCUGUAUACUUUUUUUUAUCGACACACAUCUCAGUAAUUUCAUUUAUGCUGAAGAUUCAUUUUUUUCACAUAACAUUUUGUCAGAAAAAUGCUCUACACUUUUAACACAAAUCAGCCUAAUCCAGUUGCCUCCUAUGCUGACACUAUUCAAAACCAGAAAGUCAUGAGUACCGGUAUCGAGGCUAGUGGAUCUUUUUGUAAAAUAUUUUGACUGGCUAAUUUUGUACAGUUUAGAGUUUGACAUUCAAGAAAUUACCCAACCAAAGAAUCGGUGGGGCAAAAAUGAUUUGACCAGCAUGAAGCCACCAUAAAGGAUGGAUUAACCCUUUUCCAUUAAGACAUGUCACAAUAUGGAUUUUUAUGCUUUUAUUUUUUCUGAACCAAACAAUAAUAAACACUUGGUUAUUUCCUUUUAAUGUGACAUUUACUGAGUAAAUAAUUCUGGGCAGCUGGUUUAAUUUGGUUAAUAAAACAAUUCCUAAGGUUUCCUUUUUUUUUUGAAAACUGGUGAUUUAUUCUUUUUGGUGCAUUCCUCUUUUCAGACAGAGCCACCUCUGAACACCCCAGAAAACAGAGAAUACACUGCUGAAAUCAUGUUUGAGUCUUUCAACAUUCCAGGCCUCUACAUCGCUGUACAGGUAGGUAAAUUAAAUGUACUUUUAUUAUGAAUCUUCAAAUGUGCCACCAAAUUUUAUUCUGGCGGUGUACUGCAAUAUAUUUUUUUAGUGUCAAUCAUAUUUAUUUUACUAUUUAAUGUCUCAUGGAAUUGAAUACUUUGUAAUGCAGCACUCCCGCUUUUAAAACUGUAAAAUUUAAAGCCACUGCUGUAAUGGUAGGAAUCUAUAAGUAGUGUAUUGAGACAUUUGAGCGAUAAAUCUAUAAAUACCCUUUACUUUAAAUGUGUAUUCCUCAUUUUAUCAUGGUCUUGAUACAAUAUAUAUAUAAUUUUUUUAGGCAGUUCUAGCACUAGCAGCAUCAUGGACAUCACGCCAAGUAGGGGACAGAACUCUGACAGGGACAGUAAUUGACUCUGGUGACGGAGUUACUCACGUCAUACCUGUAGUAAGUUUACUCCUUCUCUUUAUUCUGGUUGUUCUGGACAGAAACAGCUUCCUAUACUACCACACUGUAUAAAUCUUUUUAAUUGGUGCUUUUUUGGUCCAGAGUGGUGAGGGUGAUGGACAGUCAGUAAUCGCACUGGUGACCAAUGUAAAAUUUGAUAACCAGGGUUUAGUUUUCUUUUUUCAAUCUGGCUUAUUGUUUUUAUCAGUUGCAGACUAGGGAUAAAAGGCUUGUGGACCACCACUUUGAGAAGCACUGUAUAAGAACCCCAAAUUAGUAUAAUAUUGUGGAAGGUUUACUCAGGGUGCUAUGAUAAUUUGCGACCUCAAACCCUAUUACAAAAUCUUAAAAAAUGUGAAAGUUGAUUAUGAGCGAGCAGCUUUGAUUUUUUUAAUGUAAAUUAACAGAUAACAAACAGAACAUUUUCAUGUUUGUUUUUUCAUGUCUUGCUAUUCCUCCGUUUAAGUGGGAGUCAUAGCUGUACUUUUUGUGUGCUUUCAUUUCCUUUGCAAUAUUAGAGGUUUACAGUGGAAAUCUACAUGAACACAUAUCAACCAUGAUCAAACUGUGCACAGAGUUGUAAGUGCACUGAUGCAAUGUUUCAGUAUAAUGUGAAUCUGUAAUGUUACUGUCUAAUUGUCUUGUUCUUUCAAGAAAAUUUAAUUGAAACCAUCAUCAUGUCCUGAACUUUUGAUUUUUUUUUAUCUUAGGCUGAAGGCUAUGUUAUUGGCAGCUGUAUCAAGCACAUCCCCAUCGCUGGGCGAGACAUCACAUAUUUCAUUCAACAGCUGCUGAGAGAGAGGGAAGUUGGCAUUCCCCCAGAGCAGUCACUGGAAACUGCGAAGGCUAUCAAGGUAAGUAGACAACAAAGCUAUCAAGGUAAUGAGAUAAAAAAGCCAUCAAGGUAAGGAGAUAACAAAGCCAUCAAGGUAAUGAAAUAACAAAUCUAUCAAGGUAAUCAGACAACAAAGCUAUCAAGUUAAAGUAAAGAAGCAACAUAUACACAACAAUCCAUUUUAUACUCUCAUUUGACAUAGUUAAUAUUUAUAUCUAAAUAAUUUUGCUGCAAACAUUUUUCAUUUAAUUCAGAUUAUACUUCAAUUAUGAUUGACUUUUAAUAAAUAUCCACAGGAGCGCUUUAGUUAUGUAUGCCCUGACAUUGCUAAAGAAUUCGCCAAGUAUGAUGCUGACCCAGCAAAGUGGGUCAAGAAAUUUGAAGGUAUCAACGCUGUCUCCAAAAACCCUUUCACUGUUGAUGUAGGAUACGAGAGAUUUUUGGGUCCAGAGAUUUUCUUCCACCCUGAGGUGAGGAAUGCAUUCAGUAGUAAUAUCUUAAGCAUUUUCCAUAUAUUGUAGAUAAAAACAGAGCAUCAUCUAGCUCUUUAAUUUUAAAUAAAAAUGUCCAACAUAGUUAACAAAUUUCUUUAUUCAAAGAAUGUGUCAUUUCCUAAUUUGAAUAGAUAUCUCCCUUCUUUUUUUUUUUUUUUUCAAAAAGGCAUUUGUUUUUUUUUUUUUUUUUGCAAAAAGGCAAUUGUUUUCAACUGGUGUGUCAUGAACAUUCAUAAGUGUGUCAAAAAAUUAAAAAAAAAAAAACAGUUAUAAAAAUCCUUGUAAAUAAUAGUUUUUAAAAGUAAGAUGACAGUAAUUUAAUUAAUUCGUCUUGUUAUAAAUAUUUUUAGUUUAGUAAUCAGUUUGUUGUGUUUGGUUGUAUAAAAAAAUUACAUCAAAGGAAAUUUCUUCCAUAUUGAUAUUAAGUGUUGAUGUCUCUCUGUUCAUUUACUUAACUGUCUCUGUUUGCUUAUCAUUGAUUCAUCUUUAUAUUUUGUAUUUACAUUGUUAAAAAAUUGUGGCCUUGUUUUGGGGGAUUGAUGAUGUGGAAUACAUUUUGUACUCAGUAUUUAUUAUCUUCGUUUACGAACUAAUUCAAUGGAGUUAAAUUUUUUUUAAAUUUAUUUUUCAGUUUUGCAAUCCUGAUUUUGAGCUCCCCAUAUCAGAGGUUGUUGAUGAUGUUGUCCAGAAUUGUCCCAUUGAUGUCAGGAGAGGACUUUAUAAAGUAACUUCCACUUGCAGUUUUUGCUUUGUUGUUUUUUCUGUUUGGUAAUAGUUAAAUAGCACAACGAUUAAAUACUCUGGGGGGAAAAAGGAGGGGUGGAUGAUUUUGUAGUGCUGCAGUAAUAAAAAAAAAACCACUUAAUUCAUUUUUUGUCGCAUGCGGAAGUCGUCUAUUUCAAUUUAUAUGCAACCAUUAGGUUUUAUGUCUCAUAUCAAGGUCAUUAAAAAGUAUAUGGCUGGUGGUGAAAAUACUGGAUUAUUACUCUUCAAGAACAGCUCAGAUUUCUUACUUGGCUCAUGAGUUUAUUAAACUUUCUUAACAGCCCAACGGCAAGAACAACCUCAGAAAAAAAUGGUUAUGAGACAGACAUACCAAUUUUUUAUUUUUGCCUAAAUAUAUACAGCAUGUCUUUGAUUUUGAUUUUGAUGAAUGUUUUCUUGUUUUACUUGUGAGCAAGAGAUAAUUAUGUAAUUGUCAUUGAAUUAUCAGAACAUUGUCCUGUCUGGAGGUUCAACCAUGUUCAGGGAUUUCGGGCGAAAGAUCCAGCGUGAUGUUAAACGCAUUGUGGAUGCACGUCUUAAAGUCAGCGAGGACCUCAGUGCUGGACGGAUCAAGGUGAAACUUUUUCUUAUCCAUUACAAAAAUUUAAAUAAAAUUUGAGAACAGUUAAUAAAAAUAAAAUAUCAAUUGACUUGUUUGAUAGAACCUAGUUUCCUACUAAUCUUUUAGAUGAUAUUUUAAUUUUUAUGUUCAUGAAUUUUCUUUGGUUAGCCAAGCUAAGACUGACAUCAUUAUAGAUUUAAAUUAAAAAUAUAUCUAAAAAUUAGAAUCUUAUUUCUGUUGUUAUUUAGAUUAGAUUAAUGAUGUGAAUCUUGAAGAGCUUGAUAGACACUGAGCAAAUGAAAAAAAUAUUAUGAGAAUCAAAUUUCAUUUCUCACCAUCACGACUUGUUAAAGUGACUUCCAAUAUUUGCUUUAUAAAUAUUUCUUUUUAUUUUAGCCCAAGCCAAUUGAUGUGAAUGUAAUCACUCAUCACAUGCAACGCUAUGCUGUGUGGUUUGGUGGCUCCAUGCUUGCAUCCACAGUAAGAUCCAUUAACCUUUUGUUAUUUAUUAAUUAAUGCUCUUCUGCAUCAAAUUAUUAGAGGUCACAAUAAAAUUACCUCUCUAUAAUUUUUAUUGCAAACUCUACUUGUCAAACUUUCUUUUUAUAAAAUAAAGGCAUUAUAUUUGACAAGUUAAUAUUAUGUUUGGACAUUUUUUUUAAAGUUUAAAGGAAUCAGUUCACAUCAAUAUCUGAACUGAUAAAUGGAAAUCGAACUGUAGAAUUUGACAUGGCAACUUGAUGAUUUUCACAAUUUAGCCUGCAAACAUUAAGUUUCUGAAUUAAAUUUUUGGCACCAGAUAUGAACUUGUCUGUAAACUCAAAGAAUUUUAAAAAAAAAUUUUUUUGUAUUGAUUUGAUUCAGCCUUAAAUUACUGUAAAUAAUAAUCCUACCUAUUUGACUUUUAUCUCCAGCCCGAGUUCUACCAAGUGUGCCACACGAAGGCUGAUUAUGAUGAACACGGCCCCAGCAUAUGCCGCCACAAUCCUGUAUUUGGAAUUAUGGCAUAGAUGAUAAUAGUCUUUAUUUUCAUAUUUGAACUUCACCGAACGAAAGAUGGAGAUGCUGGAAGGACACUUAAUCAUUUAAAAAUCAGCUGAUGUUGACUGUUUUAAAUAAAUAAAAUUGCAGUUACUUUUUUGGGGGCUGGUGUCACCUCAACUUUGAACCAUGGGUUACAUGUUAUUUUUUUGUUUUAUCUGAGCUUGUACUGUCACAUUCAGGAAACAAAAUCUAUUUCAGUGUUUUAAGAACUUUUUUAUUUUUCCCACUUCUUCUGUACUGUUAAUGGAGCUAGCCAUUCAGUCUUCAAAUAGCUCUGUUAUAAAUGACCCUUCAAGGAUUAUAUAAGCCUGUUAUUUACCAAUUCAAAAUCAUCAUAUGACACAUAUUUUGCUUGAUAAUUUCUUGAGGCUGUGUUUACUCUAUACAAUUUAUCAGAUGCUAUUAUUUUACAUAAACUUAUAUGACUGAUCUCCCUUCUGUGUGUAGACAUAGAAUUUCGUAGUAGCUUCCCUUUCAUCAAAAUUUAUCCUGUCAUUAGGAUAUAAAAUAUAACUGUACCUAAUUAAGCUCAGAAUCUGUACAUGUUGGCCUAUCUGUUUGGAUGCUUACAAUGAAACAUUUCCUAUUUAACUUAUUCGGAUCCUCAAACUGUGUUUCAGUGCAUCUGUUAACAUGAUCCUCCAACUGUAUAACAUGUAUCAAGAGGGCGAUGAACUAGUGUGAAUGCCCAGUGAAGACUGUACUUGUAAAUGUACCACUACCUGUUAAAUAGCCAACUUUUAAUAUAGCAUUUCUAAUGCUUUCAUUCUGCAUCUCUGAAAAUGUUAACAUUUUUUCAACAAAAAGCUAUAUAAUAAAAAAUAAGUUAAAAAACUUUUGCCAAGUGCGAUUGUUGUGUGCUUUUAUUAUCUUUUUUUUUGUGGCUGUUUA